AUGGGACUCACUCAGACGCCUGGAAAAGGCGCUGCGAGCCACGAUGUUCAUCCAUCGGGCAAGCGGGCUCAUGGCCGAGGAGUGCAGAUACUACGAGGUCUGGCUCUCGCUGUGUACUUUUUAAUCUGCUGUGUGACUAUUGUCGCUUCGCAAGUUCUUGGGUGUUGGCUGUAUUUCGUGAACCGCGAGAUAUACUAUGAUUACAUGGCUUUGACCAAACGAUGGUUUGCCAUAGUCGUAACUUGGAUGACGCAGAUUUGGGGCCCGGUAACGAUCCGAAUCAGCGGCGAUGAGUCAGUCGCGGGAGAGAUCCGUCCCACGGAAGGUGGCGGAGUGCAGUUCAACUUUCCCGAGCGGUUGGUGAUGAUAGCGAACCAUCAGAUUUAUACCGACUGGUUGUACCUCUGGUGGGUUGGCUACGUCAACCGAGCUUCGGCGCACGGCCACAUCUACAUCAUUCUGAAGCAGUCACUGCAGUAUAUUCCCAUCAUCGGCUGGGGCAUGACGUUUUACAGCUUCAUCUUCAUGUCUCGAAAAAUGGCAACAGAUCAGCCCCGACUUGCCUACCGACUGAAGAAGCUCAAGCAGACCAGGACCGAUCCCAGUGGGAAGGAGUAUCGCAUACCCAUGUGGCUGCUAUUGUUCCCUGAAGGCACCAACAUUUCUGGAAACGGUCGACGAAAGUCUGCUAGUUGGGCAGAAAAGAAAGGGUGGAAAGAUCCUGAGCACGUGCUGCUCCCUCGUAGCACUGGCAGCUUCUUUUGUCUCAACGAACUCAGAGGAACGGUAGAAUAUGUCUACGACUGCACAGUGGCGUAUGAAGGUGUUGGGCGAGGCAAAUACGGCGAGAACAUCUUUACACUCUCCAGUACCUACCUCCAGGGCCGACCACCCAAGUCCGUCAACUUCUACUGGCGAAAAUUCAAGCUUUCAGAUAUUCCACUCGAUGACGCAGACGAAUUCGAUGCCUGGCUGCGUGCAGAGUGGUACAAGAAGGACGCAUUGAUGGAACAGUACCUGACCACAGGACGAUUCCCUACCAUGGCCGGAUCCAAGGUCGACUUUAUCGAGACCAAGGUCCAAACGAAGACUCCAUUGGAGAUUCUGCAGGUUUUCUCUGUUGUUGGCAUUGCUGGUCUCGUCUGGCACAAUUUGCAGCGAUUUGGAGGUGCGGUCGGCAGAAGGUUCGGCAUCUUUGUGUAG